AUGAAGGGAAUCGCGCCCCUCCUCAGCUCUGAUAUAUCAACGCCUCUGACGAAGAAGUCGCAGAUUCUGAAGUGUUGGGCCGAGCAUUUCCGAAGUGCCCUCAACCGUCCGUCCACAAUCUCCGACGCCACCGUCGACUGGCUCCUCCAAGUGGAGACCAACAUCGGCCUGGAUCUCGCAUCCUCCCUCCAAGAAACCAUCUGCGCCGUGUAACAACUCUCCAGCGGGAGAGUACCAGGCUCCGAUGCGAUUUCACCUGAAAUCUACAAGCACAACGACCACCGACUAAUGGAACAACUUACAACGCUUUUCCAGAUGUGGCGACAAGGACAGGUUCUUGAGGACUUGAAGGACACGACCAUGUCCAUCUCUCUAAGCGCAACGGGAACCGGUAACGCUGUGAUAAUUUCGGAGGUAUCUCGCUACUCAACAUCGUCGGGAAGAUCUUUGGUCGCAUCCUCUUCAAUAAUCUCGAAGGCCACCUCGAGCAAAAACUUCUGCUGGAAAGUCACUGUGGCUUUUGACGACGCCGCGAGACCACCGACAUAGUAUUUGCCGCUAGCCAGCUACAAGAAAAGUGCCAGAAGAUGCGAGCCAACCUCUACACUACCUUCGUAAACUUGAUAAAAGCCUUCGAAACGAUCAAUCGCGAAGGACUGUAGAAAAUUAUGUAGAAGUUCAGCUGUCCUAAGCGAUUCACGCGCAUGGUACGUCAGAUCUACCAUGGGAUGAUUUCGCGAGUGAAAGACAACGGCGCUUUCUCCGAGGCAUUCACAGUGAACAAUGGAGUGCGUUCUUACACCGACCCUCUUCAGUCUCAUGUUUUCUGCCAUGCUGAUGGACAUCUACCAUGAAGAGCAUCCCAGGAUCCGCAUCGCCUACAGGACCCACGGGCACCUUCUCAACAGCCGCCGAAUGCAGGCCCCGGCGCGUCUCUCCACAGUUACUAUCCAGGAUCUGCUCUUCGCCAGCGACUGCGUACUCAAGGCUACGACCUAA